GACCUGCGGUUUUCUAAUACAACUGGUAUUCUGCAAAAACAAAAAACUAUGUGGUUUAUUGGUGUUGAAGUGGAGCAAGAGACGAGUGCACCCCCUCCCAAAAAAAAUCCUGGAUCCGGCCCCGCUGAAGCAUGACUAUUUUGUCUUUACAGCUAAUCAGUGAAGGAAUAAUUUAAGUAAAGCGUUUUCAGCUCCACUUAGUGUCUCAGUUUUGUUUAUGACGGAUUUUCAAAGUAAAAUAGAAGACAAAGGGGUUUCUCGCGUUAGUAGGCGAUUGCUCCUCUUAUUCCUACCUUUUGGUAGUUUUUCAAACCGUGCUAACGUUACUAAUAGAAGCGGGUAAACCUAGCCUAGCUUACCCUUGUAAGAAUAUUGCGCGAAAGAACGGUUAUCAAAAUAUGAAAAAGACUAUCCACUUAUUAGUUUACAGGAAGACGAUUGUUAACGUGUGAAAAGAAAGGACUAGAAACUUAAUUGGUAUGUAGGAAGGCACUGACUAAGCACCAAGAGAUGAUAAAGCUCCAAGAUACCCCAUAUACCCCAUAUAGGCCUUAUACCCAUCGUAAUCCCUCUAAAGAUAUUUUUAGAUUGUCCCUGAGGUCUGUUGCUCCCAAGGGGGGUGAAUGAUAGCCAAUAAUAUGUCCUUAAUUUUAGCAAUGUUGACAGGUGGGCAAAAGCCUACGCAAUGCUUGUUCGCGAAUCAAUUGUUAUUUUUACGGAAGAAGUAGGUUUGGUUACGAAAACUGCAACCAUAGGAAAAUGAGUCGCACGUAUACGUUUUGUGGAAGAAUGCGCCUUCAGGGAAUUAAGUGUAGUAAGUGCGUUAAGACUUGAAGAAAAUGUACAGUAGCAUAGACUGUAAAGCUUCAAAUAAUUUUAAUAACGAAAUAACUACAGGACAUCCCGCUGAGGACUCAUGGAUCGAAGGACUCACUUAUAUCAAGAAAAUAAAAAUUGAAUGUAUCAGCCACUGAAGAACGUUCUUGGUGUAGCUUCGGUUUAAGCAAGAAUUCGGAUCUGAAGAUACUUAACCGUGAGAAUUCAGCAUCCUGCAAACAGUAAGAGCGUCUCGCGUUUCCCGUCAGAACAUAGCAGGAAAUCAUUAUCAUCAUCAUCACCUUUACGGACCAAAAGCUACAAGUAUGCAGCUAUUGACAUUUAUACAUACACUUUGGAGAAACCAAAGAAAUUAAAAUCACUUCUAAUAGGUUAUUUAGCUGCCAGAAAAAGCUCACUUUUAAGAGGUGAAAGCAACGGCUUCUGAGAGGCACGUAUCUUACAGUCAAACUGGGAAAACCGUGAACACCAGAAAUAUUUCUAGAAUGUUAUUGCAUUGCACGAAAAAAGCCGAUCAGGCGUAAGCAACGGUAAUUAGCCAAAUUAAAAAAUAUAUAUAGGAAAAUACGUCAACUCAUGGUUCAUGGAGUAAACAUGACUUGCAGAUUUCUUUCAUUGGGAACAAUAUUUCAAUAUUUCUAUACAAUAUUUCGACUGGCCAAUACCAGUCUUCAACAUGUUUAUUAGGAAAAACCACGAAUAUACAUAAUAUUAUACUACUGUAAAAUAAUAAACAGAAGUUACAUGGUAUGACGUGGUAAGGUGUAGAUGCUAAGAGAAAUAAACCAAAAAAAGAUAAAUAUUACAUAAUAAUUAUUAUAUCGUCACGUUUGUUUAUUCCCAGAGGCUCGAUGGUUUUGGCUUUAUGAAUGAGGUGGGCCUCACGUAUUUUCCUAAGACAAUCACGUUCAUAUCUAAGGCCCAGUUCAUACGUCGUGCCUCUGCCGUGCAGAACUUAAUUCUUCAUUUUAAUUCGACAUAAGCACGGCAGAAGCGCGGUUUCUGAAUCAAAGUUUUUAAUUUGGUACGGCAGAACAAUUAAGUUCGACAAGGUCUGCCGUGCUACACGACUCUGGCACGGCAGCGAUUCAAACGUCGUGCUUAUGCCGUGUCGAACCUAAUGCAUAAAUUUCGGAGAUGUAUUUUCGCUGGUAUCAGCAUGCGCAAUGAGUCUGUUUAUUGCCCCGGAGCUCCUUUGCGCAUGACGGCCAGGAAUCAGACGCGUAAGCAUUGGAGUCGAGACAUUUUUCGAGAAUGGUUUAUAACAAACAUGGCUGCUUUUCAUGCAAGUAGUUUACAUGCUCCUUCCUCCUUGGUUUGCAAUGCUACAGAGUCCGAUAAUUCAUCAGAAGACGAACUAACUUUUGACGAAAAUAUUCCACUAGCUGGCUAUGAAGAACAAGAGGAAGAGGAAGACGAGGAAACGAUCGGCGGUUUUCUCGCAAGAAAUAAGAAGAGCAGCAAUACAAAAAAAAAACUUCCAACUAUAACAUUCGCCUUACGGUCAAAAGGAAAAGGAUUUUUUGCUGUAUUUCUUAUCUUCGCCUUCUCGAGUUUUGUAAGAGUUUUGCAAGUAGCAAUUUAUGCUAGAGUUUACAACGCAGCGCCGUUUUCGUCACCGCUAACUGCUGCCCUGACUACUGUGCGAACACUGUAUUAAGUUCGACUCUGGCACGACGUCUGAUUUGAGGUCGUGCUUCUGCCGUGCUUCUGUCGAACCCAAUGUUAAUUUGGUUCGGCAAGGCAGAAGCAUGAACUGAGCCUAAGUGUUUCAAUUGGGAUAAGUAAUAUAUGGGAAACAGAGUGUGGUUAUUGCUGGGAGGGUGUCUAUAAUCAUGCAUUAUGUAAUCUUUAUCUUUUUUCCGGUUUAUUUUUCGGUUAAUUGCUUCUGUUAUUGCAGUUUCUAGAAUAUCAGAAGCAAUUUAGUAAUGCAAAAACAUGCAAAAAUAUGAAUGAAAAGCCGCCGUUCUGGCGUCAUCGUGAAGACAAUCUCAGGGCUAAGCAACAAAUAUAUUUGUUUCUACUUGAGUGCAUCGCUUAGUACGUUGACUUUGGACAUUUGAAAUUAUUUAGGAUGCGUUCGAUUCGCCUUUACUUCUAGAAUAAGAAUAAAUUCUGGACUAUUCCUUAAAUCGAGAAAAAAAUGUUUUAAAAAUAUAUAUACAUUACCCGCGUUUUAUUUCUCCUGAAUACUGAGUGAUGUUUCAGAAAUAUUAUAUUGCUACAAAUAUCGCGUCAAAUACUGACGUUGUUAAAGUGGUUCUAUAUAGAAAUUUCAUGGGAUGAUUUGACGGAGGAAAAUUGUUGCAUACCUAGCUUAUUAAAUGAAAUUUACCCUUGCGUCAAUUACGGUAUUUGAAAUUGACGUUAACGCGAAUUAGAGAAAAAAAUGAUUUCAAAUUAAGGAAAUUAACGCUGUAGAGAGGCUGAUAUUUCAAAAUGAAGAAAAACAUACACAAAGGAGCAAAACUUGUCGAGACGACAAAGACAAAAACGGCCGCCUGGUUAGCUCCGUUGGGAAAGCGCCGGUCCGCCGAGCGGGAGGUCGCGGGUUCAAACCCCGGCCGGACGAACACUCAGGGUCUUUAAAUAACUGAGAAGAAAGUGCUGCCUUUGUAAUGACAUCUGCAAAUGGUUAGACUUUUUAGUCUUCGCGGAUAAGGACGAAAAAUACCGUAGGUCCCGUCUCACAGCACUUUCACUGAUCUGGUCAUUUGGGACGCAAAAGAACCCACACCACUGUUCAAAGAGUGGAGGGGACGUAGACCCCGGUGGUGUGGCCAACCUUUACGGGUUGUAGGAUUGGGUAGGGAUGGCACCUUGCAGAGGAGCUAUGAGUCCCGUUCGUGCCCAUUCCCUCCGGGCAGGUCUGUGUCCAGAAAAGCUGGUAAAACUAACAAAACUAAGCCUGCAAACAGUGUGUUCCCCAGCAGUAAAAGGGAAGGGGUUAAUUAAGGGAAUCUUGCCACUUCAAGCGUUCAUGACAGUUUCACUGAUACCGGCGGGUAUCCACCCUGACAAAAUCUUCCAUUGAUCUUAGAUUUUAAGAGUGUCUGAAGUCUUUUGAGAAUUUGCGCCCGAAAGCAAUGAAAAUAGAGGUCACGGAAAUUAACCCUCUACUCGAAAUGGCUUCAACUUAAACUUCAACUUCAACUUUAUUUCAUAAAAAUAUUGAUUACAAUAGACUGUCUCGCAAAAAAGCAAUUGCUAAUCUAGGUGGACCAGUUAAAAGAAAAAUAAAGUGAAAGGAAAGGAAAGGAAGGAAACCAUUUUAAGUUACAAUAACUAAUAUUUCUAUCAUAGUUUUACGUUAACUACAUUAAAUCUACUAAGGAAAGACGAAAAAGGAAUUGACGGGAUGCGAAAAACCAAUUCUUUUGUACAGAAAUCACUUAACUGUUAAUUGAACUUUGGCGCGAAAAUCACGUUAACAAAACGCGACUUAGAUUAACGCGACUUUUUGAAGCGUUAAUUUCCUACAAUAACAUAAACGACAGCUUGCUUUGUACUUUGGAGAAUAAAGAAACUCUCUCGUUUUCCUCAUGUAAAAUGGGAAUAUGCUGAAGAGAUUCUCCUCUGUUCUAAUAGUUAGUUACCUUUUCCUCCGAGUGUCUAGGGUUUCUCGUGAUUGAUCGUUAAACAUUGGUCUUUAUUUUCACCAUUAAGUUCGUCAUUUUCUUCGGUUGUUGUGAAACUGACAGUAAGGCGAGAAUAAUGACGUGCUUGGAAUAUUUUCCCCCUAUUCUGGGACUGGAUUAGCGGGUCAAUCAAACGGAUUUAUUUAUCUCUGUUCCAUUAUAAGAAUGACAUCGCAUGCAUCGCAUAAUUUCCUACGUAGCCUUAAAACUUCCGUCAAGUUCAUGAUUUGCGUAAUGAUGAUGUUUGCUUGAUUUUACAAUAUCAUAUGGCAUUUCACGAGGCAAAAAUCUGUUGCUCUAGGAGUUUAAAUAGAGGUCAUCGAAAUCUAACUGACAAAGACAGUUGUAACAAGGGCCUACACGAUAAUUUACACAAGUUAUAUCAGGAAAAAAAUAGUAACUUUGUUCAACAUUGGAAGAUCACCUCGAAGCUUUGACAUCACUACAUACAUAACCUGUUAUUUUACGUAUUCUAUCGCCCUGCUUCAAGAAGGUGAGUUUAAUUUUAAAGUGGAAUACGUGCAGUAGCAUAGGCCGAAUUUAUAUUAGAGGCGAAUCAGUUGUCUAAGACGAAUUACCCGUCUGAGACAGACAAAUCGUUUAGAUAUAAAUCCGGUUUUUAGACGAAUUUUGGCCCCAAAUUCGUCUUCACUAAAUUCGUCAGCCAAGACGAGACGUAUUUGGGGCCAAAAUUUGUCUUAACACCGGACUUAUAUCUAGAUUCAUCUUAGACAGAUAAUUUCGGCCAUUGUCAGUCAAGUUGUCAGCUCGUUGUUUGGUGAAGAAAAAAUACAUCGAUGAUAGACAAACUGGCUAGCUUGUAAGUUGAACCUAAACUUUACAGCCUUUAUUCCCUAGAAAUUUUUAAGGCUUGAGAAAUUAUCAAGAAAUUACAAAUUUCUUGUUAACCGUUCCAUUCAACUACGAUCUUCAGAGUAUUUCUACUAACUUAGUAACGAUUUUUGGAGGUUGUGUUUCUCACAUUUGGUUACCAAGAUAUUGCAAUUAUCAUGUUAUUAAAGAUGUCUCCUGGAAAUUCAGGUACAAAUUAAAACUUCCCCUAGAAUCUUUUAAUAAAAGUACGGUUACUUCAAGUCCCCGAACUUUCCAAAGGAAGAUAAUACCAUCGUCCCAGCGUGCCUUGUUCCUAUUUCUGGGCAAUUGUUGCCAGUCUGUGUGAUGAAAACAUGAAUUUUACUCAAAGUUUCGGAGGAGUUUUUGCCUCUUAAAGGAUGCGAGAUAUGGAGGUAAAGUAGGUAGUGAGUAAUUUCUCAUAUUUCAUUCAGGGAAGGACAGGAUGAUUUCUUAAUUAAACUAUCCUGUUGUCUGUGAAAUUGCGACGGGUUCAUCUUGAAAAAUAGCAAACAUCGCGAAACUGGGCGCUUAAAACAUAAGUCUGCAAGGUUUUUGUACAAGCAACUAGAUUUUCAGAGACACUUCACUCUCAAUACUUGUCUUUGCGAAUCAAAAUGGGUGUCUUUGUAAAUGUUUCAUUAAGUUAUACUUCUUAACUUGACUCUUUGCCAAGAUCCUUCUCGUAUCGCUUGCCGGUUCUUCAGUCGUACAUGAACAUCGGAAGCAGGAGUGAUUACAACGCCAAGUCUAAUAGAUAGAUUUAGCCAGGGCUAAAAGUGAAGCUCCCGUUAAAAUUAUUAUUAAUUUGAAUCGAACAAUAAACUUGUAAUCCACAAAUCAGUUAACUUUAGGGCUAACUGAUUUUAGAGAAAAAUAAUCUUGACAGUCCAAGAAAACAAAUCAGUUUUACAUCAAGUUAAUAGUCUUACAUGUACACCCAAAAAUGACAAUCAUCUUCGAUCACAGUACAUUAGGCCUGGAAAACAAAUUCUUCCCAAACAAAAUAACCCAGUCGCCCACGUACACCACCUUUAUUUCAUAAGUUUUUUUUUUUUUUUUUUUUUUUUUUUAAUAAUUAUAUUUUUAUUGAUAAUCACAUUAAAAAAUUACAUUUACAAAAAAAAAAAAACACUUUAACAAGAGACAUUAACAGAGUAAAGCAAAAAAAAAUUGUCAAAUUAUUACAGGGGGUGUUACAGGGCUAAAAGAAAUUAUAAAAAAGUACAACAGGGCAAUGAAAUAAUACGGAGUUAAUACAGUUAACUUAAAUAAGGCGUCAGUAUCCACUUUCUUUUAAAGAAUUCUUUGUUGCUGAUUUUUUCUUCUGUUUCAUAUUUAGCGAUGAUCUUGGCUCUAAAUCCAUAAAUGUUUGGAGGGAUUUGUUUGCUCCUGCAGUCCCACAAAUAGAGUUUUCCAAUAAUUAUAAAAUAGUUCCGCAAUUGCAGUAAAGGGCAAGCAUUUUCCGUCAAAAUUCCAAAGAGCACAUUUUCCAAGCACAGACGAAUUCGUUGAUUCGAAAUAAGGCACCAAUAUAGUUCAAAUUCAAUCCAAGAAUGUUUAGAGCGUGAGCAGUGAUAGAACAAAUGUGUUAAAGAUUCAGGUUGAUUGUCACAGAUAGUACAUAAAUCAUUUGUCCUAAAACCUAUUUUAUACAACUUUGUAUUUGCGUAAAGAAUUGAGUUAAUUACUUUGUACUGGAAGGUUUUAACAUACGAUUCAACAACGAUAGAGUGUGGCAGCUUAAAUAUUUGCUUCAGAUUGUCGCUGUUAAAAUGAAAGUUACUCUGUAAUUUUUGAAUAAUAUUGGGCGGUUUAGCUUUUUCUCUGACGAGUAGGUUGUAGUAAUCCUUUGAUUUCCCUUUCGUAACAUCAAAAUUAUUGUCACCCACCACAAAUGUUGGUGAGUUUAUGGAAGGAUACCUGUCAUAUCUUCUCAACGAUAAUGGAAUGGACCUGCGUAAGCCAGCCCAUUCUAAAAUAUUUGUUUUGCAUAUUUUUUUAGACAGUUGAUUAUAAGAAUCAGUACUGUUCAGACUAAAUAAAAGAUCCUGAAUGCAAAUGACUCUCGCAUUAACAUAAUGUUUAUAAUAAACCGGCUUGUUUUCUACUUUUAUUUCUUUGUUAUUCCAGAUUAUCGUUUUCCAAUCUUCUUCAGUGGCAAACGUUUCACGAAAUUGCGACCACCAUAACAAAAGUUCCUGAUAAAAUUGAGAAGGAAUUGUGUAAUCCGAGAUAUUGUAGUUGCAGUUAAAAAAAAAACAAUCCCCCAACGGAGCUCAGUAUGUGUUGUAGGUAGCUUUUCCAAGUUCCAUUAGUCCCACUGAAGAUACGUUUUAACCAAGCUAAUCUCAAUGACUUAACCAUGCACUCGAGAUCAACCAUUCUUAGCCCUCCCUCUUCGUAUUCGUUUAUAACUGAAGCUCUUGUUACCUUAUCUACACCUUUCCAGAGAAAUUUAAACAGUAUUUUAUUCAAUUCUUUUAGUAAUUCCUUGGGAGUUGGAAGGAUCGAACAAAUGUAAAUGUACUUAGGGAUAAGAAAAGAUUUGAUUAUUGUCACUUUACCGUAUAUCGACAGGCCUCUAGCGGACCAUAUAUUAAUAAGUUUUUUAAUUUAAUCCAGUCGUUCUAUAAGAUUCUUUUCUUUAAGCAAUUUUUGGUCAUAAGUAAAAUAUACACCUAGAGUUUUUAUUGGCUCGUCCGGCCAUUUAAUACCGAAUGGUUUUUCUUUAUAAUGUCUCUUAGAUCCAAUCCACAUACCUUCAGUUUUUGAACAGUUAAUCUUGAGUCCAGAGAGAAUUUCGAAUUUGUUAAGUAGUUCAAAUAAUCUUGCGGCCGAGCUUGUGUCAGCUAACACAGCGGUUGUAUCGUCUGCAAACUGUGGAAGCUUAGUUUCCUCAGUUCCUAUUGUGAUUCCUUUAAUUGACUCUUUUUGCCUUAUAGCAAUUGCUAAAGUUUCUACAGCAAUUAUAAAUAAGUAAGGAGAGAGUGGAUCACCCUGCCUAACACCGCGUUCCAGAGUAAAAAAGUUAGAACUAACGCCAUUGUUUAUAACACAGCUUUGAAUGCUGUUAUAAAAGGUUUUCACCCAUUGAAGGAAAUCUCGACCAAAGUUAAACUUUUUAAGACUCUCAAUGAGGAAUUCCCAUUCCACACUAUCAAAAGCUUUUUGAAAAUCUAUAAACAGCAGUAAACCUGGGAUGUUUUCCUUAGCUGUGAAGUCCAUAAUAUCGAAAAUAGAACGUAUUGCUUCACCAAUGAAACGAUCUUUAACAUAACCAGUCUGGUUGUAGUGAAUGAUAAUGGGUAACACCUUUUUAACCCUUGCUGCGAUCACCUUGGACAUAAUUUUCGUAUCUACAUUAUUUUAUAAGACUAUGAAUUAACCUUAUUUUAUAAGGUUAAUUCAUAGUCUCUCCAGCCACUCCGUUGGAGAGACUAUGGAUAAUUGGACAACCCCGAAAUAUAAUAUUAUUCAGCACAUGAUAGCCUCAGUGGUAGCCAAAAAUUUACACGUUGCAUUCCUCUGUUUAAAAGGGAGGCCAAAAUAAGAAAUCAGGCGGGAUUCGACAAGUUUACUUUUAAUGCAAGUAAUUAUAAAUCUUGGUGACAAAUCUGGUGGCGUGUAAACCAGCCUUGUAAAUAUACUUUUCAUACAUCACGUCUGAAGUAAACAGGACUAUGAGGUGCGGUUUUUUUGUUUUGUUUUUUUUUAAUCAUACAGACCUCGGACAGAAUUUUUUUUGCCCUAUUUAAAACUAUAAUUCUGAAGUUUUUCACAAUUUUGCAAGACAAAUUGCACUGAGUCAUUUAAUCAGUCCAGGACGAUCGAAGCAUGGGCAUCCUUUGCACAACAAAUUAUAGAACUGAUCACAUUAUCAAACGUUUUCAUGAAGAGAAUUCAGCAUAAUGCAUGAGUGUUCAGUCAGAAAAAUAUGCUUCGCUGUCAUAUGUAGGGUAAUAAGUAUGGGCUUUUCGUGAAAAUGAUCAAAAAAUUCCCAAAAUCACCUAUACGGCCAGCCGGACGUGUUCUCACUUUUGACAAGCACCAAAUUUCCAGUCCCGGCUGUCUUGUAAUUAAAUGAACACUAAUAGAGUUACGCUUCAACAUGAUAGACAAUUUAUUAUGUUUAGGUUUUAUUUCUCUUUAUUCAUGGUGUUGUUAUGUGUAAUCUUUAAAAGCGUUUGAUAUUUACGCGCGUCAUUUUGAGUACUCCUGCAUGCGAUGUUUACGUACGACGGAAAACAAGCGGCGCAGCGAUUAAAAUUGCGAGAGAGACUCCUAACAAUCAAUAAAAUAAAUAUAAUUCGGUGAAACGUGUACAGGGACAACAAUUUUCAUUCACGAACACAAGUAUUGAGGGUAAAGUGUCUCCAAAAAUCAUGAGUCAGGUAAGCAUAAUCUUAUAAAUUUUAUAAACAACCUGGCAGAUUAUGUUUUAAGCCGGCUUCCCAAUGUUUGCUAUUUUUAAAGAUGAACUCGAGGCAAGAACAUCGCUCAGACCUUUAUUUUUACAGCAAAAACCGUAAAUAAAUAUUCUUCGGAACGUUUUUAUGUAUUUAUUGUGGUCAGAAAAUGUCUAAAGGCUUUUUAAAGUUCUAUAAGCUUAUAUACAAUAGCAUACACUAGCCGCAUAAACUACGCUCGACUUAAGGAAACCUGAAAAAAAAAAAAAACAAAACAAAACAAAAAAACACACACACAUCAGUUACAAUAAUUACUCAGGCUCACCAGUCGAGUUGCAGCUCCUGAAGGCCAUCAAGUACGGCCAGAAUCACUUGAGCCUUUUAAGCCCUCUUACGCAUCAAGCAAGGUGAAAAGCGAAAACAUACGAAAUUGGAUUCCCGACGACUUUGACAAGCGGCGCAUUUCUCAACCAUAAAUCCAAUAAACAAACCAGCCAUGAAUUGAUAGCAGAUGUAUUCAUUUUGUACAUCAAGUGGAAAAAGACAGUUAAAAACAUGACAAGUUGGCGACACAAACUACCGCAAAAUUCCGAAAAUAAGCCCCGGGGCUUAUAUUCUUCAAAGGCCCUUUUGAAGGGGCUUAUUUUUGGAGGGGCUUAUAUUCGGAGGGGUUUAUGUACGGAGGGAAAUGUUCGUUUCAAAAUCGAUUGGGCUAGCUUGUAGUGGGAAGGAAAUUUCCCAUUUUUGCUUUGUUUUACUUUGUAUUCGAGGGCAAAUUCCAAGUACAAGCCCCCCAGGGGGCUUAUAUUCGGAGGGGCAAUUUAAUGGAGGGUUUGAACAUAACUUGUUUCACAUGCAUUUACAAAAAAUUGAACUUGAGCCUGCCAUCAUUUGAAAAGUAGUAACUUGUCAGCGGAUAAUUUCAAUUUACAUAUAGUGAAAGAAGUUAGUUUUCACAUAAAUAGAUUGUACAAGUACAAUGUAAAUGUAUUAUUUAUCAAACACACUAAGAAUGUGUUGCCGGAAAGAACAAAAUUUUACAUGUACUCUGAUUCCAUGUAGGACAUUAUGUAAUUCAGAUUUUUUGGAUUUAGGAAACUAAAAAAGUAAAAGCAACGGAAAAUAAAUUAACCUAUGCCAAUGAUAUUAAUAUUAUCAAGGAAAUAAAGGGAGAUGUAAAGAAUCAACCGUAAGAGGACACAGAAAAAAUCUGAGCCCCAGAUGGGAUUCGAACCCACGUCCCUCCGUGUUCUAGAUCGGAUGCUCUAACCUCUGAGCUACUGAGGACUCGUAGGCGAGCAAGGGUCAUUUUUGCGGGUUGGACUUGCGAACCGCAUCUCGCAGUCACACAGUCCAUCAUAAGCAACACAGUCGCAUUAAUAGUAAGAAAUAUCUCACCCAUGAAGCAGCCUCCAACCAACCAACCUAUGCCACUAAUAUUAAUAUUAUAAAGGAAAUAAAGGGAGAUGUAAAGAAUCAACAAUAAGAGGACACAGAAAAAAUCUGAGCCCCUCGUGGGUUCGAAUCCCAUCUGGGGCCCAAUAUUAAAAGAGUAAAAAGUUUCCAGUGCGGAUAAAUUUUGUCGACACAAACAUUGUCAACAUACAAUUUUUGGUUUAGAUAUUUCAAAGACAAUUCCAAAUUUGUUUACAAGCGCGGAAAGGCCAUUAUCCGCUAAAACUACAUGGCGCCAUUAUUACCGACCAACGAGGCGUCGUCGUUAAAUAAUAGGGAACUUAAGAACCACGACGACGACUUUGUCGACGACGACCGGAAGUGAGAUACCGUGCACUGCGCAAGCGCGGUUAACAAAUUUCGUCGUCGUGGUGUCGUCGACGACGCCAAACACAGUAGAAUCACGUCGUCCUACAGUCCACAAGCUUCGGCAGGUAUAACUCCCUGUUUUUAAGCGAUUUUUCAAGGGCUUUGUAUUUUUUCACCUCGUAAAUCCAGGUAUCCUUUCUUUUUUCCCCUAACAAACGAUGUUGAUUGAAAAUUUGACUGAUGAAUUGUGUUUACUUCGAAGACAACACUGAGCUGUGCAGGCCGGGCGAGCGAACUCGUAAGUGACAAAUUUAUUUGUACGUAUUUAGGUCAGGCAAAUCAUAUAUCUUUAAUAUAGAGGAAAUGAUCUUUAUAUGGAAAACAGCUAUCGCAUCGGAAUGUCUCUUUUUCCAAAUCUAAACUCUGACAGACACUCGGACUCAUGUUAUUCAGGUUGAAAGUUGAAUAACCUUCGUACGGAAAGCAGAGAUUUUUCCAUUCGAAAAGUCAGACAACACUAACAUUUCUUCAUCGUCAAUGAAAGUAGACGUACGGGUUAUAAAUAAGAUCUUGCAUCGUCUUAAAAGACUCCUUUGCGAAAAAACUUUGUUGCGAAGGAACAUCACAGUUGUACUACUUCUACAUGUUUGUUUACAUUCAGUGUCGUCGUCGUCGACCUACCGAUCGACUGCAUCUUAAGUUUCCUUUUUCCCGCCGAAACUGACGCUCUCGUUCCAGUCCUUUCCCAGUCAACAGACGUCGUCGUCGUGAACGUCUUCGUGGUUUUUAAGUUCCCUAAUCACGGAAUAUGACACAGCGUGACUCCUAGGAUAGACUUCAAAUAAUUUUCAUGGCAAGAGGGUUAUGUAUAGGGGAUUCGCUCUCUUAGAUUAUUCCCUCUUGACUCAAACAUAUGAAAAGUCACACAUACCGUGGCCGCCCUGUGGCUUAACCUUCGGGCUCUAGUUAACCCCGGGAUGCAUUUGUUAUUAAGCGGACUUGAAUUUCUCACAGUUGCUAAAAAAAAAAAAAAUUAAAGAAAAAAAGUUUAUCCCCUUCUUCUAUCAGACAAUAUUGAUCAUCUUCUUCCCAUCUGGAAUUGGGGUGCGCAAAUUGUGUUAGAGCCGUUCAGAAAUUAGUUAGCAGGGCAAAGCAAAGAAGGCGAAUAAACAAGCUAAUGUGGUAUUAUGCCGUCGUCUUUCUUAAAGUUAAGAUACGGACCUUUCUUUCUUCUUACAGGUUACUGUAGCGGGCAACACACUCAGCAACAACACCAGCGACGAAAAUAACUCAAGAUGUAUUUUUCUUCUUCCGAGUGUAUCAUCUGGUUUACCGUAUUUGCCGCCGAGUUUGUUGCUAUAGUAACGGUGAAUCUCCUUGCCAUCCUUCUUUUUAUAAAGAACAGAAACCUUCGCACUCGCAGCAUGUACUUGGUUAUAAGUUUAACCGUGGCGGACAUGUUGGUUGGAGGACUUUCCGGGAGUGUCUUGCUUUUCAAAAUCCUCGCCGAGAAAAGUUGUGACUUUGUAGAAUUUUAUCCAAUAUAUCGGGAAGCUCCUAUUGUAUUCUUCAUUCUUUUCUAUUUCUUUCCCCUAAUCUCCCUGACAAACAUUACUGUGAUUUCGUUAGAGCGAAUGCACGCCACGUUUCGUCCAUUUAGGCAUCGGCUCAUCAAGAGAUGGGUUUACGUGGUAGCAAUUGCUGUUGUUUGGGUAUUUCCUGGUAUUGCACCAGUCUUGGAGAAAGAAAGAAAAAUUCUGAAAAGAUACGUUAAUUUUUUAUGGGAAGUACACAGUAUUUUGUGUUUAUUUGUUAUCUUCGCUUGUUACACAUCCAUUUUCUUUAAGUUUCGCUUUGGAGCACAUCCACAACGCCAUUUUACAGCCAAUCUAAGACAGAAGAAACUUACCGUCACAUUGUUUAUAACAACUUUAGUAUCUUUACUGAUGUGGCUACCAUACAAUAUAUUCAAGUUUCUCAGCAUAACUUCUAAUGGAAUUUCCCAUUCUACCACAAUACUCUUGAAUGCCGAUCAUUUUUUUGUCUUAUUAUUUUUUGCAAACUCUCUUGUAAAUCCCAUAUUAUACACAGUCAGGAUGCCGGAAUUUAAAAAAGCUCUGUUCUCAUUGUUUAGACGUCAACAACGACAAAAUGUUGCUAUUCCACCACAUUGAUAUUAGUAAUUGUAUGUUAAUUCACUGUACUUUAUAAAUUCUGAAUGCGAAUGUAAAAUCCUAUUGCAUGUAAGACUGACGGGAGGCACAGCGGGCUCAGGCACGUCCGACUUGAUUAUAAUAAAUGAAUAUAGGUUACUUACUUUAUCAUUUCUUAAAGUUUUUUUUUCUUUUUGCGAUCAUUUUAAUUUUGGCAGUCAGCUGGUGCGAAGUAUGGGAUCGGGAAAUUUAGGAGGCUUGGAAGAGAGAGUAAAAGAGUCAUCUUUUUAGACUUUUCCAAGGCCUUUGAUACAAUUAACCACCAUAUUCUCUUACAAAAAUUAUAUAAGUAUGGGAUCCGAGGACUCCCCCAUGUAUGGUUCUCAAGCUAUAUAACUAAUCGUAAGCAAUAUGUCAAAGUUGGUAACACAGAAUCUAGCCUGAAAACCAUCACAUGGGGUGUACCCCAAGGCUCCACACUAGGUCCACUGUUGUUUCUAUUGUAUAUUAACGACUUGCCCAAGUCUUCAAAGAAAUUAACUUCCAGGAUUUUUGCAGAUGAUACAAAUAUGUUUUAUUCUUCAAAAGACACAGAACAUUUACAAUCAGUAAUCAAUUAAGAACUUGGAAAGGUCUUAAAAUUCUGUGCAGCAAAUAUGGAUAUUCGGAAAAUGCUCGCAAGAGCCGAUCGCUUGCCGAGUAAACUAAAUAGCGAUUUCCGAAGAUUCUUUUCUAUAUUCAAUCCAAAGUCCAAGGAGCUGGUUGAAUACUGUAAGAACUGACCAGUUAUAGUAACCGUUUUAAAAGAUUAUCAGCAGUUACAAUAGGCUAAAAUAACCUUUUAAAAAUUAGUUAAAAUCCAUAACCUUUUUCUUAUUGGUUGCAUUACCCAAUAAACAGCAGUUGUUUUGACGUUUAAAAUAGGUUAAGACCUUGAACGGUGAAAAUACAUUUCCCCGCAAUUAAAAUGAACGAAACGAAAUACGAGUUACACGACUGGUAAAUAAAAAUUAGUAAUAUAACGGGAAGCAAAAUCUGAAGAGUUUGUUUGAGAGAGGCCGAAGGGCCGAGAAGCAGGGGCUUGCCGUGGUUGUUGCUUCCCGUUAACUACUUGGGAACUCGCUCAAACCAACGUAAAGCCGUUUACACCACGAGCAAAGAAACAGCAAACAAAAGACCACCUCUCGGGGAACGGGUUUUUGCACGGCCGCGAUUUUGCAAUUUAAAGGCCACGAACGACUUGCUCUUUCCCUCAUUAACGCCCUUUUUGCCCUUGAGGCCACGGCUGUUUUUUUCAAAUUAUCGCAACCAUAAAAUGGCGACACUGUAAGCCAAUGACAAUGCAACCAAUCUGACCUGGACAUCAGCAAUAUCCCCGGCAACCUAUUUGUGAAUAAAGUAGUUGCUGGGGAAAUUGCUGAUUUCGAGGUCAGACCAAUUGUCGGGCCAGUUGUCCAAGGUUUUCAAAGAAUUUACCGUUUUUCGCAGGCUGGCUCUAGUAGCCUCCACAAUCUGCAUUAAUAUCGGCACUUGACGUAAGCAUCCUUCGACAUGAAGGGGCAACACACCUUCAAAGCAUUUCUUAAUAUCGUCAUGUCACAAUCUGCAACAUACACCUUCUUCACUAUUUCCCUCAUGUUGGCGCCUUCAGCCGGCGUUAAUAUGUGGGGGCGAGCAGCCUCCGGCGCUAAUUGUCGCACUUUGGCGCAGAAAGCCUCAGCCUCUUUCGUUAUUUUCCGCAUGUCGGGGCAAGCAUACUCCACACACCGCAGAAUGUCCAAGUCCUUAUAACCGAGAAUGACUGUAUAUAAUGUGUAAAAUUUUUAUUUAAAAAAAGAAAAAAAUUAAAAAGCAGCCACGGACGCUUAGGCGAGUUGCGCCCAAGAGACCGUCGAAGCGGAAGCGUUUACAGCAAUGUCUCUAUCGUACCAAUCCCCCGUCAUUAUCCCCUGGGUGUGUUUGUUCAAAAGAAGUUUUCAGAAUCUAGUUCGGAGAAGGGGAAGGGGGGGGACAACGUUAUCCACGGAGGUGAGCGGUGGGUCAAAGGUGGUGACGACGGGAACGAGAUUGGGGUUAACUAGCGAGUGCACCCUGUUAGAGGGUCUCAAUGGGGUUAACCGAUAGGCGGAAAAGGGCCAAAAAUUUAGCCGAUAGCCGUAAAAAUUGAAAAAUUUUCACCGUUAGCUGUAAAUAGGGUAAAAAAGAGUUAACAGUAAAAUAAAUUGUUCCCUGGAUUUGCUACUUUUAAGGAAGGUGUUAAACUCACUUAUGGUUGCGUUUUUUAUUUCCCGGCUAGUGUGACUCCGUACGCACGCUAGGCGAAGCGCCUUUUAGGAGUUAACCAAGACCUAGGCUCCAUUUCCGGCACUCUCUCGGAGAACUAUUUUUUUCCAUAGCGAAAGUGUGGCUUCUUGCUGGGGAUUAAUAUUUGCAAUUUUCCGGAGGUCGUGCCCUGGAAACACUAGUGAAACAACAAGCACAGAUGUCACUGUUUGUAAAACACUUUGCCGACAAACAACAUUUCCCUGUUUUUCUCUGACGCUACGGUAGACAUUGUCAAGCCUAGUCCCUGUACGACGUCUUCCCACGCAAUCUCGGUCAAGGCAUUUCGGUGGCGAACUCGCUCAGACCAAGUGACCCGAAACGCAUUAGCCGCGCGGAAUAAUGCGGUCUACGGACAAGGCAACAGCAGACAGUCGUUCCGUACAGUCCUUCGCUAUUAUUAAAAACACUGGACACGGGAAUUUUGUUAUUGGCCGUUCAUUUUCACACUAGAGCUAGAAAUAGAUCAUCCGUCUGAGACUAGCCUGUGUACAGUUGCGUCCUCCCCACAGACACCUCUUGUCCGAUUUUUUUCUGAGGGGAGGGGGCGGCUGUACACAGGCUAUCUGGAAAGGACAAUCCCGUCGUCAAAAGUCAGGCGGAUUUUUCAUUCAAAAUUACUGACUAUUCCAUUUUCAAAUUAACACGUAUUACCUAUCUGACGCGAAUAAUCAAACGGAUAACCCGUCUCACACAAAUAAUCCUUCUCUAGUGUGAAAACUGCCAUUUCUGUUAUAAUGAAUGUCGCGCCCCGGCCUUGAGUUGGGCGUUCGCGUGUCUGCUUUUGCUUUUUCACAAAGAUUUUUUUUAAAUUGACUAUUGACAUUUCUAUGUGUAAAAUAAUAUUAAAAGUGGAAUACUUUAUAAAAAGUAUGAUCUAUCAAAUGUUAAAAUUUUCAAAAGAAGAGCUUAUAUCAUGAUCUCGAGAUGAUCAAAAGACCUUUUACUCAAAAAAUACAGGUUAAUUAAUAUAUUCGCCUUUUUGAUGAAAUAAAAUCAGUCGUUUAUGAAGAUAUUAAACAAUAAGGGUCCCACAACCAGGCCUCGGGGAACAAGGCUGUUAACAUCAACAACGUCUUCCACUCGAACCCGUUGCCUGCAAUUUGUUAAAUAGCUCUUCACUAAGUGCAAACUAUGGUUAGAAAUACCAUAAGCAGAAAGCUUCAUGAUAAGCCGUGUGGUAGCAAAUCAAAAGCUUAAUUUACUUAAGUCCAUUAUCACAGUCCCAACUACAGAAUUCUUGUCAAGAGCACCUUUCGAGUCCUCGAUAAGAUGCAACAACACAGACUCGCAACUGUAACUUUUUCUAUAUGCUGACAAGAACGUAGAAAAAUACGUGUUGAAGUAGUGAACACGCUGUUUUUAAACACAUCUCUCGAAAACCUUGUCCAACAAUACUAGGAUGGAUACAGGCCUGUAUUAGGACUUGUCAAACUCAUCAUCUCUCUUGAACAUAGGACAGAUCUCUGCUAGUUUCCACUCAGCAGGAACACAAGCAUUAUCAAUAACAGUGUUAAUCAGUCGUGCAAUAGGACCAGCCAAAACUGAGGCUUCAUCCCGUAAGACACAAGUAGGAAUCUGAUCAUGCCAGUAGCUUUGUUGGGAUCUAAUGAUUUGAGAAUUAACUCAGUUUCGGCCAUUGAGACGUCAUUAAACUCAAACUGAGCAGCCAUCACACGUUCGUCUCUUAUAGCAACAAUGCUUGGGUGAACACUUAUGUCCAUAGCAACAUUAGGAUCACUGUCAUGUUCUUCACCUACAUUUUGAAUAAGAGAAAAAUAGUUGUUGAAGAUAUCAGCCACUUUCUUCUUGUCAGUCACAAGUACGCCAUGCUCCUUAAGGUGAUAGGUCUCUUCAUUGUUACUUCGUUUACAAUGCAUUAAGGGCUUAAUUGUAUACUAGAAUUGUUUUGGAUCACCAUUGGCACUGUCUGCUCCUGACCGGAGAUAGCUUGAAAUUUCCCUUCGUCUUAAGGAUGAAGUAAGAUUACGCUGAAGUCUGUAUUUCUGGCAGUCCCCAGGAUCCUUGGACUUAAAGUAUAGUUUUCUUAGUUUGUUACUGUGACGAAUGGAGUCAAAUAGUUCUGAGGUCAUGAAUGGCACAUGUUGACGCUUAGAUAUGGAUUUCUUAACAAUUUUCCCCAUGCCCAACAUACAUCCCAGGGUUAUAAAAAUUUGUGCAACAUGGAAGGGAACUGUAGUAAUGUCAGCUGGAAGCGAUCCUGCGUAUGAAUUUUACGGAUGUGUAUGGUCUCACCAACUUGAUUAAAGUACCAACUAGGGUACUGGUGGAAUCUAGCUCGCCCACUGAUGUAAUUCUUAUGAACAAGCCAUGUUCUGUUCUUACUUCAGGAGUGUUUGAUCUUGGCCUCAUUGAUCACAAUCUUAUUUACACUGUUAUGGGGUUACAAUGUCCUUUAAUUUAUUCCUAGAACAGUUGUAAAGCGCCACUUCAAGCAUUAUGACCUUGUCAGGCCGGGAGAGGUCGCAGUUUAGGUCUCCGCUGAUCUUAGCUAUUAAUUUCAUGUUCCCAUGUAGCUUUUAACAAGCUAGGUGGUCUGUACAUUCCGAGAAACAAGCACCUUUUUCGCUCUCCUGGACGUUUGCACAUACAGGGUUAUCGAUUCAACUUCAUGUCCUUACAAGUCAUGUAUUCUAGUCACAAUCAGCCCUCUUCUAACAUAAAUGAACUCACCACCCCCAAAAACUGUGACGAUCUUUGCGGUACAGGUAAAAUCCUUUGAUGUGAAAGUGCGAGUCAGGAAAUGAAUGGUCCACCUUGCAUUCGAUGAUCACUAUAAUGUCGCAGAGAAUUUUGAGAAUAAGGGACCUUAGCCCAAAAAACUUGAGGUCAGCUACACUGUUGAUGUUAAUAUGCCAAAUCAAUCUCAAACUCUCUUUACACAGUAAUGGCAACCCCUUUACUCACAGCCACGCACACUCUUUGCAUAAUGGAAGGCGAUCUUCACGUUGAAAAUCUCGAAGAGUUGAUUAGAAUCACCAAAAUAGAAGAGUUAAAAGACAACUAUGCUGUCUUUUAUGAAAAACGAGAAGUAUUACAAGAUUGACUGGAUUGAUUCUAGGUGAAGAAAACGAGUACGUUGAGGCUCUUGAAGAGGAGCUGUUUUAUCAAGAUCAUUUGUAUUUACAUCCCGAUUUUAAUUGACGAAACAAAAUACUCAUGCAAAGCGGAAAUGAGAAAAAAAAGGCUUGUUUUGUAUACCGUGUCAGUUGGGAUUUACAACAAAGCGAGCCAGCCGAUAAUUUUACCACUUACCUCAUACGAUCGAUAAACCAAAUCAUCUGAUGUUCCAGUUUUUCUGUUUCUAUCACGCGGGAUUUUUCUGUAGCAUAAGGGAAUCACACCGUAAUUUGUGUUUAUUUGUUAAGUUCUGUUGAGGUGCACAUCCUCAGCGCCAUCGUGCCAAAAAAACCAAACACACAAACAAACAAAUAAACAAAUAAAAUAGGAGGAGGGAUGGGUAAGUGAAAAAUUGUGCUUAGUGUUUUUUCCUUGUUGAGAGAUUCAUUUUGAAUCACUAAGUAUUUUACUAUUUUUUGUUAUUGCUGUCAAUAAGAAAAAAAAAUUGAUUUCUUGUUUCUUAAGAAAAAAAAGGCCGGUUUAAUUGCGAGUAAUUAUUAAUUUCGUGUUUCAGUUGGUUAUUUUUCGUUGUCUAUUGUUUUGUGUUUUUAAAAUAGUAAGGGCUGUUCAUUGGGUCUUAAGGUAGAGACAAGUCGUAUUCAAAUAUCGGUUCCGUUCCUUAAUUGCUCGCAUAAUUAACCGACUUAAACGACACCUUGAAACGAGCGCGAGCAAUGAGCUCUCACAGACGUUCACGAUUAUUUCAUGUGAUUACAUAAAAAAAGGAAACAUACUAGAGGUCUUUUAAACUUAAACACGCUCGCUAUCUUCAGAAAUUGCAAGUACUAUUAUAUUUUACUUUUUCGUAAACCUUUAAGAGCGAUGAUAGGGGUUAUGGGAGCGUAAAAAGUUCAGUAUUUUUAUAGGCACAAAAACCUGAGUCAGGAAGCAUCAUGGUUCAGUCAUGUAAUGGAGAUAGAACAGAAAAACGUUUUGCAAUAGCCAGUCAAGAUUGAAAUAAUGAAUUUUCUGUGUCUGAGCUUUGUCUUUACAGCUAAUUCAAAGGAAUGGUUGAAGUAAAACGUUUUCAGCUCCGCUUACAGUGUCUGAAAUUUGUUGAUAACGAUUUUUUAGCACUAAAUAGAAGACACGGGGGUUUGUCGCGUUGCUAGGCGAUCGCUCCUAGUAUUCCUACCUUUUUAAAGUUGUUUAAACCAGGCUAAAGUAAAUUAUAGUAGCGAGUAAGCCUAGCCUAGCCUGCUCUUGUAAAAGUAUUGAGUGAAGGUACAGUUAUUAAAAUAAGGAAAGGACUAUCUACUUAUUAGUAAACACGAAGACAGUUAUUAACAUAUGAAAAGAAAUGACUAGACACUUAAUUAGUACGCAGGGAGGCACUGACUAUAUAUAGGCACUUAAAUUGGAAUGCAGGAAGGAAUGGACAUGAUAAUAAUAAUAUUUUUCUGAGGCUGUUCCUUAGAGCCCCAGGGUCACGUCUGACGCCCCUGGUGGUUGUUGCAAAAUGACUCCCAUAUGUGUGUACUGUCAUAAUAAUCAAUUCAUGGUUCAUGGGUUAAGAAAAUGAAUUGCAUAUUUUUCUUUGGGAACAACGCCGAGCUAGCAGAUCUUAUCACGAGAGGACUCUUGCUUAUAUUUCAAGUUUCACUAUCAUACUAUAAAAAAAUCUUCCCCCGACAGAUUCUGAGUACCACAAUUUCAGAACCACUGAAGCUAAAUGUAUGCGAAGAAUUGACAUAAAAAUAAAAAGCGUGUAGACAGCCGUGCGUCAAUAUUUCACUCAUAAUUUACGCAUCCCGCUAUUUCCCAUGAAGGUAUUUGACUAGUAUUUUAAAAGGGUUAUCUCAGUUUACAAAUCGAACAAUCCGAGGCGGCAGAGUCUCUCUCUUUGAAUAACAAAAAAAAAUUACACAACGGCAAACACUGGACAUAAAUUACCCGGUUACCAACAUUUAUACUCAUCUCACUACUCACAUUUCAUUACUUCAUUCACAUAUUUGAGAUUUUGUAACAUUUGCGGUUAUUAUAAAAAAAUAAAGCAUAAGACACACGCACCUGGACAGGCCAUGCAUAACAUCUUUGUUAAUUGCUUGUUAGACUUUACUAGUCCAAGAAGCUAACUAGUUAUAUAACUAAUAUAUCGCUUGUUGAUCGGUGGAAUCCACCUUCCUCUUCUAGCAAUGAACAGUUCUCUGUCCAUGACGGAAUGAAUAUUCGUAUCCACCGUUUAUCGACGGCAACAAGAACGUCAAAAAAACAAUAGUUUUAGUCAAGGUUUUGAUAAGGAAAACUUGAAAAACUUUGCGCUGCUUCGAUUUCAAUUUUUUGUUCAUUUUCUUCUUGUCAUUGAACGACUAAGACGUAAAACUUUCUAACUUCACUUGUUGUGAAGGACUUGGGAUCACGAGAACGAUUUUUUUUCCUUUUCUGAUAUCAUGAGAUACAGUCUUUUAAGGACGGGGACAUUGCGGGACUGUUACUGAACACCCCAAUACCGCGGGAAAAAAAAAUAAUAAUAACGAACAAGAUUCUAAGAACUUUAUUUCAGUCCUGCAGAUUCGUGCAUAAAGAAUGAAUGGUGGCGUGUUAAGAACUUUCCAACUUGAAUUUGUUUUUAUGGCGGUAGUUCCGGAUUCACGCCCUUUUCCCUCUUCAUAAGAAAGCGACACAACCGGUUAUGCACUCUGUUGUGGUCUAAAUGACCUCUAUGUUGGAGCCAUUUACAUCGCGUUUACAGGUUGAACUGACCAUUAAAAACAUAAAGUAUAAAGGGAGUUUUUAAUUCAGGUCUCACUGUUCUACUUUUCCUCGUUUUAGUAACUACGGUCAAGCAAUACACAUCAACACUGGCGAAGGGUCCGCAAGUUGUUUCAUUCUGCCUUGUCUGUAGGUUAAAAAUCAGAAACACCGCACACCGUAAGGUUUGAGAUCACCGCCGGAAAUAAUUAGCGACACCGCAACACCGCGGAUCCCAAUAUCCCCCCGCCCCCUCCCCUAAGUAUCAACUCCAGAAAAAAAAAAAAUAAAUAAAUAAAUGAAUGAAUCCCAGCAUUUGAGUGAGAUAGAAUAUUAGACCAACGAAGUUUGAAACAGUCCCGGAAUUUACGUUUAAAGUGACGUUUUCGCUGCAUCCCUUCUGCAUCCUGAUUUCUAAAGCGAAGUUUACGGCAAACGGCUAACGCAGAUUCAAGCUGAGAAUUUCUAAAAAUAGAAAAUGUGUUGCUAAAGCCAGUCCAAAGCAAUGGUUAUAGACAAAACUAACGUGAGACUACUUAUUUUGUGGUAGAAAUAAUUCACAGUAAAGCACAAGUUAAGGGAAAACUUGGUUCGCCUUUGCCGUUUAACGUAAACGGGACUCUAAAUCUCUCUAAUUAUUUAACAAUUAGUUCAUGCGUCAGCGUGCGUAUGUCGAGAUAUUGAGCACGCGGGAAGUUUGGAGAGCACGAAAGAGGCGUAAGAGUUGCACGAGGCGCAGCCGAGUGCAACUCUAGCCUCUUGAGUGCUCUCCAAACUUCCCAAGUGCUCAAUAUCUCGACAUACGCACAGCUGCAGCAUGAACUAAUUGUUUUAUAACAUUAUCAAAGCGGUCAAUGCAACAGUUAACUUAAAAUUUUAUUAUUGUUGGGCACGCUCAAAGCAGUACGCGUCAAUGUUUACGUGACUAUAUAUUUUUUUUCCUCACAUUUAAUCUUGUGUUUUUAUCCUGAAACUGAGAGAAAGUGUACUCUAAAAUGAUUGUAAAAUCCAUAUUUAGGUGCCGGAAAACUAUUAAUUUACCGAAAAAUUGCCAUUGAGAGAAAACAACUUUGCAAAGAAUGAUCUCACGCCAUAGCCCGCACAGCUCGCGGAGAUCACAACAACAACAACACUCACCUCUUUUCACUACUAUCGGUUAACAAAUUCAAACGUUUCCUCUCAAAUUUCCUUAUAAAACACAUGGUAAACGCGUCAUUGUCCAUUGCUGAGUUAUGGAUGCACUCAGGAGAUUCAGGAUCGCUAAGCUCACAACAACUCGAGGAAUUACGAAUAGUUUAUUGACGUCAUCAGCGUGCUCAAUAGGAAUAUGAAGCACGCUCGCGCUAUUGAAUUUGAUUAGGCGAAUUUUCUAGCUAUGUUAUAAUGAGUAUUGAUCAGGAACGUCCGUGAUAAACAAUCGAUAUAGGUCUUGCUGGGGACUGGUAAGUUUUCUCGCAGUUUCUACAAUAUCAGAAACAGUUUAUUAACAAAAGCAAAAACAUGCAAGUGAAAAAAGCCGAAGUUUUCACGUGAUCGUGAAGAAAAUCGCAAAGGUAAGUAACAACUGUGUUUGUUUAAAGAAUGUUAUUUGAGUGUUUUGGUUAGUGUGAGUGCUGAGUUAAUUACAGUCAAACCUCUCCACAACGGCCAUCUUGGGGAAAGGAGAAAGUGGCAGUUAUGGAUUGUAAUACGACCAAAGUUUUUUUAGGAAGUACAUAGUGAUAUUAUUCCAGUCAUAAAUAAUAUAUAGCGAUAAAAUAUACACACACACACAAAAUAAUGCUUUUUUUUUUUUAAAGUGACAAAACGAGCAGGGUUUUGGCGUCAGCGUGAAGGCAAUCUCAAGAGUAAGUAACAAAUGGGUUUGUUUAAAGAAUCAAAUAUGAGUGCUUUGGUUAGUGUGCAGACUUAAUUACAGUCAAACCACUCCAAAACAGCCACCUUGGGGACAGAAGGAAGUGGUUGUUGUACAGAGGUGGCCGUUAUGGGGAGAUAGCGGGGUAAAAUGAGUAGUAUUAGCGAGUACAUUAUUGUAAUCUAUUGCAGUCAUAAAUAAUAUAUAGGGAUAAAAGAUUCAAAAAAAAACUUGAAUAAUGUUUUUUUUCACGUGACAAAACGAGCAAGGUUAGCAAUUUUCGCUAUAAGUAUCGUAGACAAUUUAUUCUCACUACACCAGCAAAUUGAACACAAUCAAAGUACGAUUGCUGCGAAGAACCAUCAACGUGCCAUACGGAUCAAAUUUCAUGACCAUUCUUGACUUUUUCAUCUGUCGCGGAAAACACUGGCCGUUGUCGAGAGGUUAUUUUGGCAGCUGUGGACACACUUUAGUGGCCGUUGCCGUUGUAGAGAGGUUUAAACAAGAGCCAGUGGUGGUCUUUACACUAGAGCCUAAAUAAGCUAAGAAAUAUUUCAAGACAAGUAAAUUUUAAAUUCUUCAUGGAAGCUAAUCACACACGACUGGAGGCUACUUUCCCACGUAACAUAAUUAAGAUUGUGACAUGACUUACCUUUCUCAAAGCUCAAGAGACUGAGAGCAAGUUCGCUAAGUCGGUUUUAAGGAUGGUUUUCAAGUCACUUGGAACUUUCUUGAAUCAUCUCAACUUUCCGACUUUAAUGAGAUGCAUAGUAAAAUAACUUGAGAUUUUACUUAGGCCUUCACACACGUAUCUUUGGUUAAGUAAAACUUAGCACCUCUUAAGUCUUACUUAACGGCCUGGUGUAAAGACAACCAAUGUAUGGACUGUCCGCCGGGACAAAAAAUAGUGGCCAUUAGUCGAGGUUCGACUGUAGUUUAGAGAUUUGAAAAUAUUUAGGGUGUGUUCCAGUGGUCUUUACUUCUGGAAUAAGAAUACAUUCUGGAUAAUUAAAAAAAAAAUGUUUUCAGAAAAAUGAUCCGCGUUUUGCUUCUUAUAAACAGGGAUGUUUCAGAAAUAUCGAUUCGAUAACGAGUCAACAACUGAGGUUGUUAAAGCGGAAAUAUAUUGAUAUUCCAUGAGAAGUCGAUAUUCAAAGGAGAAAAAUUGUCGUAUACCUCAUUAACUAGCUCUGUUGGUUAGCUCUUGUUAACAGCUAUACCUCAGUAACUGACGAAAGAUCCAAUAUUUUGGUUCCAAAACCGGAUUUGCAGUCAUAGCUAAGCAGAGUGUUACGUAACCACACUUAUAAUCUGGUACCAAGUAGAUCAGCGCACUGGCUACACCGCGGAAAGCUUGGUUCCGUACUUAAAACUAUGAGGUCUUUUGACUCAAACAAGCGGCAAUUAUUCUCAACCAGCUACCUGUUGCAGCUUAAUAAUGAAAGGAAAGCUUUCCAUAGGACUUUUCAGUCCUAGUUCGAUAUAUCCUUCAAUGAGAACGCAAUCGUAAGAAAUUUCUAUCUUCACCCUUCGAAGCUCAUCAAAGAUUCGUCGCCAACUCUGAGGGAAUUUGCAUAUGAUCACCUUUGAUUAUGGAACCUCACUCGACAUGAAGUCGAGCAUAUCAUUCUGAUUACAGCGUAAUUGAGCCAAUAAACUGUUCAACUGUUCAACUGUUUAUUACUUAUUUCAAAAUUUACAAGCAAUAUCCACUGCCUGUAGUUAGCAAUUAGCUAGUCGAGGCGAGCAGUGGUUAAACGUAUUUUAUAUAUUUAUAUACAUAUAUGUUAUAUCUAGCUCACAAGCAAGACUAGAGAAAAAGAGUAACAAUAAACUAAACGUUACUGAUCAUCUUCACUCCUUUUAAGCCGCGAAAAUUGAUCUAAAUCUUGCGAACGAAGCAGCUGAGGACUUGUAACGUUUAUUAUAACCCUGCACAGUGAUUUCUAUGGUGAUGUUUGCGGCGAACCGGUUAACGUAAGAUUCAAGUUGAGAUUAUCUAAAAAUAGACAAUGUGCUGCUAAAAACAGUCCGAAACAAUGGUUAUAGACAAAACUUCCGUGAGACUACUAAUUUUUUGGUGGAGGUAAUUUCCAUUAAAGCACAUUAAGUUAACGGAAAACUUGGUCAAGUGCCGGUGACAAAUUCACGUUUGCCGUUUACCGUAAACGUGACUCAAAAUCUCUCUAUUGAGUACGUAGUCUGAUCGGGAACAUCCGUGAUAAAUAAGCGAUAUAAAUCUUGCUGAGAAUGGGUGAGUUUUCUCGAAGCUUCUACAAGAUCAGAAGCAAUUUACUAAAGCAAAAACAUACAAAAAUAAGUGCAAAAAGCCGACGUUUUGGCGUCAUCGUGAAGGCAGUCUCAAGGGUAAAUAAAAAAUGGGUUUGCUUAAAGAGUGAGUGCUUUGGUUAGUGUGCUGACUUAAUUACAGUCCAACCUCUUCAAAACAGCCACCUUGGGGACAGAAGAAAGUGGCCGUUGUACAGAGGUGGCCGUUAUGGGAAGGUAACGGGGGAGUAAUAUGACCAUUUCUUUUUUUAGCAAGUACAUUAUUGUAAUCUAUUGCAGUCAUAAAUAAUAUAUAGGGAUAAAAUAUUUACAAAAAAACUUGAAUAAUGUCAAAGUCAAAAUGUAGAAAACCUGCAUGAAACCUUUAUAAAUAUAAAAAUUCCUUUAUAAAAAAAGUACUUUUCCUUGACCAUAGAGUACAGAAAUGUACCUCAAGUUUCUUCAGAAACCCCGCUGCCUAGCCUUGGUUCAAAACAAACCAAGCGCUCUGAUCCGCUGUGAAGAAAACAAGGUUGAAUUCCUCGAAAGACAAUUUCAUGGGGAAAAGCUCUCGUUUGUCUACAAAAAGGAAACUGAGCAUUCUUUUGAACAUUCUCUUUCCAUUUGUGUCUUUUAUCGGCGUAUUUUCAAUCUUGAAAUACAAAGCUUCCGUCUUGAAAACAACCACAUGAUGAAUGCGCGUCAGACAUUUUGUUGAUGGAUGAUAUUAGAGACCUUUAGAUUCGAAGAUGAGGACGACUACUUUCGCGUGUUCUCAAAGAAUAGACUUCCUGCAAAGCUUUAUUUUACCAUAUUUCACUAGAAAAGUUAGCACUCUUAUCUCUUUAAUUAAGGAGGUUAUGCGCUUUCCCGAUCGCAAAAUGAUAAAACUUCUAACAUUUGAUAUCUUGCGAGGUUCGCGCUUAAACUCGUAGUAGAAUGACGACGGGUAUACCACAUUUUCCCGCCAAAAUGACGCUGGUUCUCGCGCGAGCACUACGUGGUAUUGAGAAAAUCUCUUACUCGUAGUCGUAAUCGUCUUACAAUCUAAAGCUCUUUAUUUACUAACAGUCCGGGCCACAACGAGAACUGGAUAUAUGAUUUCCUGUCAUCUGAUUGGCUUACAAAAAACCAAAACAUUGCUUAGAUCGCAAAAGGACUAAGGCCGAAAGAAAUGGCGGCAAUGUUGCGUCGAAAGCCGCUCCAAAGAUAUUCAUGAUACGAUAGAAUCCUUCCGAUGUAUCGAUCUCUCGACUUUUAGAGCUUGCGGAAAAUUCCAUCGAAAAGUCGUUUUCUUUAUAUUUUUCUUUACUGGAAUUACGUGACACACAGAAGCUCGCGAACUAUAAGCUUUAAUCAGCAACCUUGUUUACGACUUCUUCGCACGAUGUAGGCCGCCUGAUCUCAAGUUCUCAAUUCUGGUGAGCCUAGGAAAGUGAACGCUACCUUAUAGCGUGCAUAUAUACCCUAAACAAGCGUUAUUGUGGCCUUGAUUUGCCUGAUUUCACAAGGGCUGUUGAGGAAAUGUAAAUUUUUCCAGACAUUCUUAUUUCAAUGUGCAGUGGGAUAGUGAAUAUUAUAUCGACAAACAGGUUUACAUCGUUUGAAUACGAGCAGUCUAUUUCGUUUAGCUCGUUUUGAAGUGCUUCAGUCAUUAUCAGACGAUGAUGUUUCAGGCACCUUAAGCAAAUUUUUGUAAUAUAUUCAGGGUGACCCAAAUUGUAUGAAUUCCUUGCUUAUAAUAAGAAAGUAGGAAAUAAACAUGUGAAUGUUUAUUAAUUGCUCAGUUUUAAAAAAUGUAUGUCACUACAGUUUUGAUUUCUAAAAAAAACAUAUAACAUUUUAACUUCCCAUUUGAGCUAGUAUCGUUCUCAGAUACUUCUCCUCUUCUGUUUACAAUACAAUUGCUGCAAGAUUUGUAUUUUGUACACAAGCAUAGGUUACAAUCAUUCCACUAAAGGUUAAGCAAAUAAAACCACUAAGUACAUGUAUAAAACAGCCACUUUAUUAUGGUUCCCCUAUCGCAUCACAACUGAAUUUUCCUCUUUCAAAGUUUAAUAAUGUAUUAUAAUGUCACUCAACACAAACCAUCAGUCAUGAUGGACACUAAUAUUGAUUUUAAUGAUAGCUAUAUUUUUUGACAGCUACAUAUAUUUUUUUUCAUAUCAUAGGGAAGACAUCACUGUUUCGUCAAAACCACCCAUGCCGAAUUCUGCCCAAUUCCUCCUGCUAUUUCCCUCUCAACAACUUAUGCAAAAUAAUUGCCCAUAAGAAUCAAGCAGAUACGACCAAAAUACUAGAAAGAGGCUAAGAGGAGUUCAGAAUAUCAAUAUCCAUGAAUGACGUGUGAAAUAGAUUUAGACCGAUACAACAGACCAAACAAAAGCUUCCAGAUUUAAAUACAUUGAGGUUUUUGUUUAAAAUAAGCAACAAAUAAUAUAAAGUUUCCUGCCAAGUAUUCUUUUGUACCCUUAUUACCAAAUAGACCAAUCAGACCAAUAACCAGAGUAUAAUACCAUCAACUGACGUGAUACAACUCACUUUGACUCUGAAGAUGACUACAGCACAGGUUGUCGAAACGUCAGUCACUUUCAACAACAACAGUCCUAUUCAUGACUACGUUCACCCGGACGAUCAUACUCAAGCUAUUUUUGAAAUGACUCCUGGGUUCAAACCUUUCACAAAUCUACAUGUACAAAACAUAACAACAAAUCAAACUGAAUUUUAUACUUACUCUUAUUUCCAUGUUUUGAAACCCAUCAAUGAGAGAACACAUGGACCUAAUUAGUAUGGAUAAUAACAAGAUUUGUAGUGAUAUGUUUCAUCCUCUUCUGUGUAGUAGUGGGUUUUGCAGGUCACUUUGGUUCUUCAGUUCUUAUUCUUAAAAGAAAAUAGAAUAGUUUUAGUUAUUAUCGAUAUUCUGGUUAAGAGCCCGUGACAUUAGUAAUUAAAAACUCUGCGGUGCAUGGGAAUGAUUGUAGACACAAGUGUAGGACCUGCCAUCUUUAUUGUUGUUGGUUUAUACUGAAAUACAUCUAGAGUGUUACUGUUAGCUGUAACUUCUGCGCUGUAUGGCCUGAAAGUAGCUCUUAUCUUCAGUAAUAUUGCUAAAUUCCUUCUCAGUGUGUCUGACUAGAAAAAAUCUUUAAAAAACAUAAGACAAACAGAAUCUAUGAAAGUGGAAAUGAUCCUCACAGUUAAAUACUAGGGUUUUAUUCUUACAUGUAUGUGUGCCACCCAACUCUCCAAAGGUAAUAUUAUUACUGGAGUGAGGCAUUGUUAGAGUUAAGUGUCUUGUCCAAGAAAACAGCAUGGUGAACUCAGCCAGGGCUAGCUUAUUCCUGGAAUGCUCCAAGUGGAUUAAUUGAAGCCCACUGACCAACUAACCACACGGCUAUUGCUUUUCCAGCAUAUAGUUGCAGUAGAGCAACUAUAAAUUAUUUUUUAUUAUUCUUAACAAUUUGGUUAAAGUCUACUGCAACUGUGACACGUGUUAAAAUUAGUACUAUCGCGGGCAACAACAUUUUAGUUAACUACACAUGAAAACACAUCAUUUCUCACAUGUGGUGAGGUUGUAAGUUUGACUUCUAGCAGCAAUGUCGAGUCUUUCCCGACAUUUACCGCUUUGUUAUACAAAUAAUCUGAAAUAAUACAAGCUGUCGCACUAUAAAAGCAAAGUACACUUACUUAGUUGUUCAGUUGGUAGCAAUUUAUACUUCAGAAUACCCGGCCCGACUUCUCGGAACUUAAUGUCGGUCCCACAGUAAGGUCUGCUCGAUCGGUCAGACAACAAUCCCGUAGUAUGGCGAAACUACAUUGCUUCUUGGACCAACCAACGCAAUCUGGACAGUUCGGGUUUUCGAUAAAGUUUUGUCACCCAACUGGCAUCUCUAUGCCAAAAAGCAACGUGCUUUUCCAUCACACUGCAAUAAAACAUAAAAUGAACGUGGCGUUACAAAAAUUCGCACUUGGCGCAACUCACUAUUGCAAAUUCAAACACACAGCACUAUGUAAAAAUGCCUUGCACUUCGACAACAAAACCACCAUCAACCAGCAAAUUUUAUGUAGAUUUCAAAAAACUUUUUUUCAAAGAUCAAAAAAUUGAAACACACCUUUUUAUCUUUAAAGGUUUUGCGCCUUGUCAGGUAGAUCUUUGAGCUGAAACACUCCGGUUUUCAGCCGUUUUACCUCUAGAGAACACGCAAACCUCGUCGGUUGCAAGUUUUUUCCACACUCAUAUGCUUCCCCAUCAUUCAAAGGCGCAGCACCGAGGGUACUGUGGGAAAAGGUCAUUUCUAGGCGUAGCAAAGAGCUGAAAAGUGAACCUGGAUCGUGUACCUUGGUUUGGGCGCCAUUUUGAAAAUUUGGUUGACGUCAUCAUAUAUCCAGUUAUGGUUGUGGCCCGGACUGACCAAGGUGUCAAACCCGCUUCUUCCUCCAAUCCUAUGUGGUUGAUCAGUUAACUUUUGUUGGGGAAGGGGUAUGAAUGAUUUAGUUUGGAUAAGAUUUUUUUUUCCAAAGCUCUGGAGUUAGACAUUUUUUCCCUAACAUAUAACAGUGUAACAAGUUUUUUUCAGCAUUAUAUACGUGGUGAGCGAUAUAUAUAUAUAUAUAUAUAUACCUUCCAGUGGCCUCUGUGAACUCUAAAAAAUUGUUUGGGGAGUCCCGUGAGCCAUAAAGCCUUCAAUUCGACUGCGAUAGCGUGGUGGUCUUGGUGGUGUAGUGGUUAACACUUCGGCACUAGAAAGUCGAGGACGCGGGUUCAAAUCCCGUUCAAGGCAAUUUUUAGAGUUUCACUUGUGUUCAAUUAUUUAUUUCUUUCACUGGUUUCAGUUCAUUUGUGUUAUGUGUGUAUAUAUAUAUAUAUAUAUAUAUAUUUUAGCGCAGGAUAUUAUUUUUUACAGUUAUAUCCUUGCACACUUUUCCCCCUCGAAAUCAGUCUGCAGGAUAUUUUUUUUCUGAAAUCCCCCAUAACCCCUUCAAAAGUCAAAUGGUCGGCCCCUAAAAUCCACCAACCAUUUGCUCAGUUGACAGAUUCUGAUUUUCCAAUCAUUUGUAAAGCCUUUUGAAACAAUGGGGACAAAACUCUCUAGGGGAGGAAUUCGUUUCUACUUACUUCUACUCGGAGAGUCCGUACGGAGGGACGUACGGUGACGUCAUACCCAAAUUGAUGGAUAGUUUACCAAAUUUUCUUAGGUAUGGAGUUCCAUGUGCGCGCAGAGGCUCCACUAAAAUUAUACAGCAAAUUUUAAACCCUUUCUUCUCCUCCGCCACAUCACACAGCUAUCAGCAUUGCUCACCUUUUUCUACUCCAAAAAGGCGCAGCACACUUUAUUUAGCCUGCACAGCGUGUUGACCGUUCAUUCUAGGAACUGCUAACUGCAUUGCCCUUUGCGCCUACUUCAGUAAUCGCUCUUGCAAGCUAACCAAAAAAGGUAAAAAUGGUUCUGAAUCAUUUGUUUAUAACGCUGAUCAUGGGUUUUUCUUUCAACAGGUUACUGUAGUGAGCAACAGACUUAAACAGGAAACAACAGGAGCAGCAACAACAAUAACAAUUCAAGAUGGUUCCUUCUGCAUCCAAGUGUAUCACCUGGAAUGUUGUUUUUGCAGCCGAGAUUGUUGCUAUAGUAACAGUGAACCUCCUUUCAAUCAUCCUUUUUAUAAAGACCAGGAGCCUUCGCACUCGCAGUAUGUACUUGGUUAUAAGCUUAACCGUGGCGGACAUGUUGGUUGGAGGACUUUCUGGAGUUUUUAAACAAGUGCUCAUCCUACAGGAAUGUCACCUCGUACGAUUUCCUUUUCAAAGGGAAGUUGUAAUAACACUUCUUUUUUUCUUCCCUCUCGUCUCCCUGACAAACAUUGCAAUGAUUUCUUUAGAGCGAGUGCACGCCACGUUUCGUCCAAUAGAGCACCGGAUUAUCAGGAAAUGGGUCUACGUGGUAGCAAUUGCUGUUGUUUGGGUUCUCCCUGUUAUCACAUCAGUCACCUCGAUGGUAGUUCUCUUUAUGACAGGAUAUUACCUUUUCUUUUAUGGAUUUCAUUGCUGUUUGUGUUUAUUUGUUAUCUGUGUUUCUUACAUCUCAAUUUUAAUUAAGUUUCGUUGUGGAGCACAUCCUCGGCGCUCUUUUGCAACUUCUUCAAAACAUAGAAAACUGACGGUAACAUUGUUUAUAACGACUUUAGUAUCUUUACUGCUGUGGUUACCAUAUCAUAUACUUGUUAUCGUUAACCUGAAAACUAGUGAUCUUCCUAAGUCAUUUCCUCGACUAGAAGCUGUACGUUUGGGUUAUUCAUUGUUUGUUUUGUUUUACGCAAACUCCCUUGUAAAUCCUGUUCUAUACACAAUCAGGAUUCCGGACUUU